AUGGGAAACGCCACAACAUUCGGAAAAAUCAGGUUCCUACGGAAGGGAACAGCAUGGGCCCGCGAUAACUGGAUGACAAACAGCAAAUGGAAUGACGAACGUGACUUUAUGAUACAUAACUGGAAACUGACACAACUGCGAACCUACAGAAGAGACCAAUACCCAAAGUCGGAUAGUGCAUGGUACAAUCCUCUCGCAGGGCCUAUUGUCUUGUCCAUGUGUACAUGGGGGAACACAACAUGGCGCUACGACAAGAAUCUGCUGGCAACUCGCGAAGAAAUCGACAAUAGACUACUUAGUUUUGCACGAGAAGUCGACAAACGUCGUGCGCAUGCAAUGUCACAGGUGCGAGAACUAAGAAAACGCUGGCUCAGCAACAACAAAUGGAAAGAAAUGAUUCCUAAAGGAUAUCUAUGA